AUGCCCUCUAUCCGAGUAAAGCGCGGCUACACUACCCUUCGCGAUGUCUCUCAGGAUCCAGACAGGUUGGUGCGGCGCACGGGAACUCACUCCCCUACAGCCGCCUUCACUCCCUGGUCUCUUCGUCCGCCGUCCUUGAACAUUAAUCAACGCGGGGUCGCGCAAAACAACACGCAGACGCGUACGCCAGCCACCAGUGUUGCAGCCGACUGUGAGACUGUCUGCGGACGGCGUGGGCCCCCGCUGCGCCGUCCAUCAAGUAAGAUAUCGCACCAUAUCUUGAAUGGAACCCUCACACCACAGGUGGGGCACGCACGCGAUUUGCCUACAGGCUUUCGCUCCGCGAGGCCUGUUAGUGAGGACUGCAAUCCUUUCUUCCCGUCAAUUCGCCCAGACGAACACACACGACGGUGCAAUCCUACCCUGUCGCGACAUCAUCUCAGAGGCACGGACAUGAUUUCCCUCGAAGGUCCACAGACGGAUGUACUCGUGCCCGCAGCUGAGGAGGAGCCCGGACGCAUAGGCAGUGCAUUGAGCAUCCCGGUCUCGGAGCAGUUCAAGUUUGACUGGGGUCGGGAUGGUGACCAUCAUCCGGACGAUAUCGUUGAGCAUCUAGAUGUUAUCGAUCCACAGAUCGCUACCGUCGCCACCCUUACGAACGCAGCAAAUGCUAUAGUGAUACCUCCGCUGUCAUUCUAUUCUCGUAAGCCCGUCGUCGUUCUUCCGCGAAGACGCAGGAAGAAGGUACUAGGCGACAGUGUUGAGAAGGGCGAAGGGCAAAACCAGGAUGAUGACGAGGAUAAUUUGGACGUACACGUGGAGGACGUACUCAGGAAAAGGGACCGGUUGCGCAGGGUCAUGCGGGGCGUUUGGUCCUUUGUUAAAACGCCGUUGGGUUUCGUCACAGCAAUAUAUGGUUUUCUAGUAGUCUUCUGGGGAACCGCGUUGGUCGUCUUUCUCGCUCGCUUCAUCGAUCUUCACAACGACAAUACCCAAGACUUCUGGAUUGAGAUUUGUCAACAAAUUGAAACCGGGCUGUUUUCCUUACCUAGUAUAGGUCUUGCACCCUUUCGCAUCCUAGACACGUACCGCAUCGCAAAAAUUAUGCACUACAAGCGGCGUACUGAGAAAUUGCGACGGAAGGCUGGAUUGCCCGAAUUAUACGACCCUAAUGACCUCCCAGACCCCCAGUAUGAUGCUAACUAUGUGCCUGUCUUGACUGAAGAAGAACAAGUUGAUCUGCACUAUCAACAACAUAUGUUCAUGCAAGCGCAGACAUGGUAUCGCCCCCAUGGAACACAAACUCAUCGCGCAUUCCCUAUAGACAUCGCAAUAUGGAUCUGCGUUAUGAAUGACUUGAAUACCUUUUUCCAAUGUUUACUUAGUGGGUGCAUGUGGGGCUUGAAUAGGUUUCAAAGACCUGCGUGGACAACAGCUACAACUUUGCCUCUUGCCUUCGUUGCUGGUAUCCUCGCCGGAUUUUAUAUCUAUUGGGGUAGUCGUCAGACGAAGCGCGUUAAGGAGGUCACCGAACGACUUCGGAUGGCACUUGCCAUGGAGCGCCCUAAUGAUGGCAAUGGCCGACGACCGGCGAUGGCUACAUUACGGGUCCCAGAAGCGCAAACGAAGGGCGACUUGACGCAAGUCUCGCCAGAGUAUAUGCAAACGCUCCAGCGUGAGGACUUGGCGGAGGAAGAUCCGGACGCUGAUUCUGGUGAUACUACAAGGCCGACGCCGAAACCACCGAAGCUCACGCCUGCAUCACCCGGGAUAAGGAUCGCUGACGAGAUGACCGUGCCCUCGGCAGAAGUGCUGGCAGACUGGGCAGAGAGCAGAUAA